CCGUCCAGGAUGAACAGGGUCUGGAGGCAAAGAGGUCCAUCAAGAAGAGAAUCAAACAACUCAAGGUGCUGGACCCAAAGAUCGCUCAGAACCUCUCUAUCUUCCUGGGGUCCUUCAGGAUGCCUUACCAGGAGAUCAGACGGGCCAUCCUAGAGGUCGACGAGGAACAGCUCACUGAACCCAUGAUACAGAACUUGGUAAAACAUCUUCCUGAACAGGAGCAGCUGACUGCGUUGAUGAAGUUUCAGAAUGACUACAACAGUCUGUCUGAGCCUGAGCAGUUUGGAGUGGUGAUGAGCAGUGUGAAGCGACUGCGUCCCCGUCUCAACUCCAUCCUGUUUAAGCUGCAGUUUGAUGAACAGGUCAACAACCUCCGUCCAGACAUCAUGUCUGUCAACGCAGCCUGCGAAGAGGUGAGGAAGAGCAGGGGGUUCAGCCGUCUGCUGGAGCUGGUUCUACUGCUGGGAAACUACAUGAAUGCAGGCUCCCGCAACGCACAGAGCUACGGCUUUGACCUCAGUUCCCUCUGCAAGCUGAAGGACACAAAGUCAGCUGACCAGAAGUCAACGUUACUCCACUUCCUGGCUGCAGUGUGUGAGGAGGAGUUCCCAGAGGUCACCAAGUUCUCAGACGACCUGCAGCACGUUGACAGAGCCAGCCGAGUCUCAGCAGAGUCCCUGGAGAAGAACCUGGUCCAGAUGGAGAGACAGCUGGUCCAACUAGAGAGAGACCUGGACACCUUCUCCUCUCCUGAGGACUCUGAAGAUCUAUUCACCUCCAAGAUACAUUCCUCAGCGGGGCUCGUGGCUCAGCCGGUGGCUCAGCCGGUGGCUCAGCCGGUGGCUCAGCCGGUGGCUCAGCCGGUGGCUCAGCCGGUGGCUCAGCCGGUGGCUGGCGUAGCGGCAGUGUUACUACGUAGAGGGAAUACUGGCUGA